GAGCCGAGCCGCGGCGGCGCCGGGAGCCGGGCGGCGGAGCUGUGAGGAAGCAAGCGGCGGCACGGGAGCAGCGGUGACGGACAGGUGGCGAGCCUUCGCCCGCGCCUCCAGGGGCUGCUGGGCCACCCGCGGAGCCUCGCGGUCCAGACGUGGCGGGGGUGGCGGCGGCAUCCCGGACGGCCUGUGAGGGAUGCGCCGCCCACUGCCCCGCGCCGCCUGACCGUCCCCGCCUCGACUCGCGGUGCGCCACAGCCGGGCCCGCGGCCGUCCCCGCCGCGUUGUCGCCCGGUCGCCGCGCCCGCGGGGCCGCGCCCGGCACGGCCAUGUGGACCCCCACGGAGGAGGAGAAAUACGGCGUAGUGAUAUGCAGCUUCCGAGGAUCUGUCCCUCAAGGGUUGGUCUUAGAAAUAGGAGAAACAGUCCAGAUUCUUGAAAAAUGUGAAGGUUGGUACAGAGGAGUUUCAACAAAGAAGCCAAAUGUGAAGGGGAUCUUUCCUGCAAAUUACAUUCACUUGAAAAAGGCAAUUGUCAGUAAUAGGGGGCAGUAUGAAACUGUGGUUCCACUUGAAGAUUCUAUUGUGACUGAAGUUACAGCAACUCUACAAGAAUGGGCAAGUUUGUGGAAACAGUUGUAUGUGAAACACAAAGUAGAUCUUUUCUACAAACUACGCCACGUGAUGAAUGAACUUAUUGACCUGCGAAGGCAGCUACUGUCUGGUCACCUGACUCAGGAUCAGGUGCGGGAGGUUAAGCGGCACAUCACCGUGCGCCUGGACUGGGGUAAUGAACAUUUGGGCCUGGACCUGGUGCCUCGGAAGGACUUUGAAGUAGUGGACUCGGACCAGAUUAGUGUCUCAGAUCUCUAUAAGAUGCAUUUAUCUAGCCGGCAAAGUGUACAGCAAAGCACAUCCCAGGUAGAUACAAUGCGCCCACGUCAUGGGGAAACAUGUCGGAUGCCAGUGCCACAUCACUUCUUCCUCAGCCUGAAGAGUUUCACUUACAAUACUAUUGGGGAAGACACCGAUGUCUUCUUUUCCUUAUAUGACAUGAGGGAAGGCAAGCAGAUCAGUGAGCGGUUUCUGGUAAGACUGAACAAGAAUGGUGGGCCAAGGAACCCAGAGAAGAUAGAACGAAUGUGUGCCCUUUUUACAGAUCUGAGCAGCAAAGAUAUGAAGAGAGAUUUGUAUAUCGUUGCCCAUGUGAUCCGAAUAGGCCGGAUGCUCCUGAACGACUCAAAGAAAGGUCCUCCUCACCUGCACUACAGGCGACCAUAUGGCUGUGCGGUCCUAAGCAUCUUGGAUGUCCUACAGUCACUCACAGAAGUAAAGGAAGAAAAGGAUUUUGUUCUUAAGGUUUACACGUGCAACAACGAGAGUGAGUGGUCCCAGAUCCACGAGAACAUCAUCCGAAAGUCCAGUGCCAAGUACUCUGCCCCCAGCGCCAGCCAUGGUCUUAUCAUUUCUCUGCAGCUUCUUCGUGGAGACAUGGAACAGAUUCGGAGAGAAAAUCCCAUGAUAUUUAAUAGGGGAUUGGCGAUUACAAGAAAAUUGGGAUUUCCUGAUGUCAUUAUGCCAGGUGAUAUCCGCAAUGACCUGUACCUAACCCUGGAGAAGGGGGAUUUCGAGAGAGGAGGAAAGAGUGUACAAAAGAAUAUUGAAGUGACCAUGUAUGUGCUUUAUGCAGAUGGAGAAAUCUUGAAGGAUUGCAUCAGCUUGGGUUCAGGAGAGCCAAAUAGGAGUUCCUACCACUCCUUUGUCCUCUACCACAGUAAUAGUCCUCGCUGGGGAGAAAUUAUCAAAUUGCCUAUCCCCAUUGACCGGUUCCGGGGCUCCCAUCUGCGCUUUGAGUUCAGACAUUGUUCCACAAAGGACAAAGGGGAAAAGAAACUCUUUGGCUUUGCAUUCUCACCCCUGAUGCGUGACGAUGGCACCACCCUCUCAGAUGAUAUUCACGAGCUUUAUGUGUACAAGUGUGAUGAGAAUAGCACAUUUAAUAACCAUGCUCUGUACCUGGGCCUGCCCUGCUGCAAAGAGGACUACAAUGGCUGCCCUAAUAUUCCUUCUAGCCUCAUCUUCCAGCGCAGCACCAAAGAGUCUUUCUUCAUCUCCACUCAGCUCUCCUCUACCAAACUCACCCAGAAUGUGGACCUUCUAGCUCUGCUGAAGUGGAAGGCCUUCCCCGACCGGAUCAUGGAUGUACUAGGGCGGCUGCGGCAUGUCAGUGGGGAGGAAAUUGUUAAGUUUCUGCAGGACAUCUUAGAUACACUCUUUGUGAUUUUGGAUGAUAAUACAGAGAAGUACGGCCUGUUGGUUUUUCAGUCUCUGGUGUUCAUCAUCAACCUGCUCCGAGACAUCAAGUAUUUUCACUUUCGACCUGUGAUGGACACGUAUAUCCAGAAGCACUUUGCUGGAGCUCUGGCAUACAAGGAGCUCAUCCGCUGUUUGAAGUGGUAUAUGGACUGCUCAGCAGAACUGAUUCGACAGGACCACAUUCAAGAAGCUAUGCGGGCCUUGGAGUACCUUUUCAAGUUCAUUGUACAGUCACGGAUCCUGUACUCACGAGCCACUUGUGGAAUGGAAGAGGAACAAUUCAGAUCCAGUAUCCAAGAACUUUUCCAGUCCAUCCGGUUUGUGCUCAGUCUGGACAGCCGAAACUCAGAAACACUCCUUUUUACUCAGGCUGCACUCCUCAAUUCUUUCCCAACCAUCUUUGACGAGCUGCUGCAAAUGUUCACCGUGCAGGAGGUGGCAGAGUUUGUGAGAGGGACACUGGGGAGCAUGCCCAGCACUGUGCACAUUGGGCAGUCAAUGGACGUGGUCAAGCUGCAGUCCAUUGCCAGGACAGUGGAUAGCCGCCUGUUUUCUUUCUCAGAAUCCCGCCGCAUCCUGCUUCCUGUGGUUCUCCAUCACAUUCACCUUCACCUGAGGCAGCAGAAAGAGCUGCUAAUUUGCUCAGGGAUUCUUGGCAGCAUCUUCUCCAUCGUCAAGACCAGCUCUCUGGAGGCAGAUGUCAUGGAGGAAGUAGAGAUGAUGGUGGAGAGCCUCCUGGACGUGCUCUUGCAGACUCUGCUCACCAUCAUGAGCAAAUCGCACGCUCAGGAGGCGGUAAGAGGGCAGCGGUGCCCGCAGUGCACAGCCGAGAUCACUGGCGAGUAUGUGUCCUGCCUUCUCUCACUGCUCCGCCAGAUGUGUGACACCCAUUUCCAGCACCUCCUGGACAACUUCCAGAGCAAAGAUGAACUCAAGGAAUUUCUGCUGAAGAUUUUUUGCGUGUUCCGGAACCUGAUGAAGAUGAGUGUCUUCCCUCGGGACUGGAUGGUAAUGAGACUGCUCACAAGCAAUAUUAUAGUCACUACUGUCCAGUACCUGUCCUCUGCACUGCACAAGAAUUUCACAGAGACUGACUUUGACUUUAAGGUGUGGAAUUCUUAUUUUAGCCUGGCAGUUCUAUUCAUAAAUCAGCCAAGCCUUCAGCUAGAAAUUAUCACCUCAGCCAAAAGGAAGAAGAUUCUAGAUAAGUAUGGGGACAUGCGUGUAAUGAUGGCCUAUGAACUGUUCAGCAUGUGGCAGAAUUUGGGUGAACAUAAGAUCCACUUUAUUCCGGGAAUGAUUGGUCCUUUUCUGGGUGUGACACUGGUCCCACAGCCAGAAGUACGGAAUAUCAUGAUUCCCAUCUUUCAUGACAUGAUGGACUGGGAGCAGAGAAAAAAUGGCAACUUCAAACAAGUGGAGGCCGAGUUGAUUGACAAGCUGGACAGCAUGGUGUCAGAAGGGAAAGGUGACGAGAGCUACAGGGAGCUCUUCAGCCUACUAACCCAGCUCUUUGGGCCCUACCCCAGCCUGCUGGAGAAGGUUGAACAAGAAACAUGGCGCGAGACCGGCAUUUCCUUUGUGACCUCAGUCACCCGCCUCAUGGAACGUCUUCUUGACUACAGGGACUGCAUGAAAGGAGAGGAAACAGAGAAUAAGAAGAUUGGCUGCACUGUUAACCUGAUGAAUUUUUACAAAUCUGAGAUUAACAAGGAAGAAAUGUAUAUCCGCUACAUCCAUAAGCUUUGUGACAUGCACUUGCAGGCCGAAAACUACACAGAGGCCGCAUUUACCCUGCUCCUUUACUGUGAGCUGCUGCAGUGGGAGGACCGGCCACUACGGGAAUUCCUCCACUACCCAUCGCAGACAGAGUGGCAGCGGAAGGAGGGACUGUGCCGGAAGAUCAUUCACUACUUCAACAAAGGCAAGAGCUGGGAGUUUGGGAUCCCACUGUGCAGGGAGCUGGCGUGUCAGUACGAGAGCCUCUAUGAUUACCAGAGCCUCAGCUGGAUUCGGAAAAUGGAGGCCAGCUACUAUGACAACAUUAUGGAGCAGCAACGCCUGGAGCCUGAGUUCUUUCGGGUCGGCUUCUAUGGCAGGAAGUUUCCUUUCUUUCUUCGGAACAAAGAAUAUGUGUGCCGUGGCCAUGACUACGAGAGGCUGGAGGCCUUCCAGCAGAGGAUGCUCAGCGAGUUUCCGCAGGCUGUCGCCAUGCAGCACCCCAACCAUCCUGAUGAUGCCAUCCUACAGUGCGAUGCCCAGUACUUGCAGAUCUAUGCAGUGACGCCCAUUCCAGAUUAUGUGGAUGUUCUGCAGAUGGAUAGGGUACCAGAUCGCGUCAAGAGCUUCUAUCGCGUCAACAAUGUGAGGAAGUUCCGGUACGACAGGCCUUUUCACAAAGGCCCCAAGGACAAGGAGAAUGAAUUCAAGAGCCUGUGGAUUGAGCGUACCACACUGACCCUGACCCACAGCUUGCCUGGCAUCUCUCGGUGGUUUGAAGUGGAGAGGAGAGAACUGGUGGAGGUGAGCCCUCUGGAGAAUGCCAUCCAAGUGGUUGAGAAUAAGAACCAGGAGCUACGCUCCCUGAUCAGCCAAUAUCAACACAAGCAGGUGCAUGGCAAUAUCAACCUGCUAAGCAUGUGCCUGAAUGGUGUUAUUGAUGCAGCUGUCAAUGGAGGCAUUGCACGCUAUCAGGAGGCCUUCUUUGAUAAAGAUUACAUCAACAAGCACCCAGGAGAUGCUGAGAAGAUCACCCAGCUCAAGGAGCUUAUGCAGGAGCAGGUUCAUGUCCUUGGAGUUGGGCUAGCAGUUCAUGAGAAGUUUGUGCACCCAGAAAUGCGGCCUCUGCAUAAGAAGCUAAUUGAUCAGUUCCAGAUGAUGCGGGCCAGUCUCUACCAUGAGUUUCCAGGUUUGGAUAAGCUAAGUCCUGCAUGUUCAGGCACCAGCACCCCACGGGGAAAUGUUCUGACAUCCCAUAGCCCCAUGAGUCCGGAGAGCAUCAAGAUGACCCACCGGCACAGCCCCAUGAACUUGAUGGGCACAGGCCGCCAUUCAUCAUCCUCUCUCUCCUCACAUGCGUCUAGUGAAGCAGGAAACAUGGUGAUGCUGGGCGACGGCUCCAUGGGUGAUGCUCCCGAGGACCUGUACCACCACAUGCAGCUCGCGUAUCCCAACCCCAGGUACCAGGGCUCAGUCACCAACGUCUCUGUUCUGUCCUCGUCCCAGGCAAGCCCUUCUUCCUCCAGCCUGAGUUCCACUCACUCAGCACCAUCCCAGAUGAUUACCUCUGCCCCUUCCAGUGCCCGAGGCUCUCCCUCUCUGCCAGAUAAGUACCGCCAUGCCCGUGAAAUGAUGUUGUUGCUGCCCACAUACCGAGACCGCCCAAGCAGCGCCAUGUAUCCAGCAGCCAUCCUGGAGAAUGGACAGCCGCCGAAUUUCCAGCGAGCCCUGUUCCAGCAAGUGGUCGGAGCCUGCAAACCCUGCAGUGAUCCCAAUCUGUCUGUGGCUGAAAAAGUGACUUCCAGAUCAGGCGAGCCUGCCUUCAGGACCACGGGCUAUGCACUGGCGGCCUCAGGCCAGUGCUGGACAGUUGUUAAUGCUGUGCCAGCAGCCCCCAGCAGCUGGAGUCUGGAUAGCGGAGCCCAAGAGGCCCAGCCCUUCCUGUCUGCCCAUAUGGGGUGCAUCCUGGCCCCCCCAGUGCCUCCCCGAAGCCUGCUGCAUGGUCAUUACUCCCUACACUUUGACGCCUUCCACCACCCUCUGGGUGAUACCCCCCCAGCCCUCCCUGCCCGGACCCUGCGCAAGUCUCCUCUCCACCCUAUCCCAGCCUCCCCCACAAGCCCCCAGUCAGGUCUGGACGGCAGCAACUCUACGCUGUCCGGCAGUGCCAGCAGCGGCGUGUCCUCCUUGAGUGAGAGUAACUUUGGGCACUCCUCGGAGGCCCCACCUCGCACCGACACCAUGGACUCCAUGCCGAGCCAGGCCUGGAAUGCUGACGAAGAUCUUGAGGCACCCUACCUCCCUGUCCACUACAGCCUCUCUGAGUCUGCUGUCCUGGACUCCAUCAAGGCCCAGCCAUGCCGAAGCCACUCAGCCCCAGGGUGCGUCAUCCCUCAGGACCCCAUGGACCCGCCUGCGCUGCCACCCAAGCCCUACCACCCCCGCCUGCCGGCCCUGGAGCACGAUGAGGGGGUGCUGCUGCGUGAAGAGACUGAGAGGCCUCGAGGCCUGCACCGCAAGGCUUCAUUGCCUCCUGGGAGCGCUAAGGAGGAGCAGGCCCGCAUGGCCUGGGAGCACGGCCGAGGGGAGCAGUGAGGGGCAACGAGGCGGCUGGGAUGCCGCCCUCAGUAAGCAGCUUGCCAAUCACUCCAGGUCUGAAAAGCAAGUCCCCCAGCCCCACCCCAGGGAGCCAGAGAGGCUUGGCACUCAAGAGAGAACUACCCCCAAGUCUCCGUUCUACUGCCGUGAACUCAUGUGUUGCCAUGUACAGAGGCCACAGCAGCAUGAAGGGUUGUGGCUUCCCUUUUUUUUACAUUUCCAUUUCUAUGGGUUUUCCUUUCUUUCCUUUAUGCAGUAGAUGCUUUCUUCCUCCUGCAGUUCUGGACCAUGUGGAGCUAUAUGGAGAAAUUGCACAGACAGAAUCACUUUGCCACACUGCAGGGCCCAGGAGUGGGAGCCCAGGCCCUCCCUCCAGGGUAGAGAUGCACAGAAUGGAAAUUGCACUAAGGACCUCUUCCUUUGCUGUAUGGACAGAAGAGUUCAUGGUUGCAUUCAGGGAUUGCAAGGACCAUAUAGACAUGUCACAGGUGGAAAAAGGGCCACAAGCCGUUUUGCACAAAUGCCUGCCAACCUGCCCCUCUUCCAUCCAGGAGUGUGCUACUGAGGGGCUGGCUGGACCAACCUGCUGGCUCAGGCAUGUGACUGGCCUAACCGCAUGCCCAGGGCACUGCCGGGGUUCAAUGGGCCAGCCAUCUCCUACUCCACCUUGGAUUUUUCUCUCCAUCACAUUAUUUCUGACCAUUUGCUCCCUUCCAUUCUUGAAACACCUCAUGCCCCACAGGAGCCCCAGUGGUGACUGGAUCUGCAAGGGUUAUCUCCCACCCUCUGGGGUUUGAGUGAAGGUAUGGAGCCAGAGGGGCUAUCCUAGCUACCUUCCUCCUAGGGGGAGCUGGUCCCCUUCCUAUGUGGUAGAGAGAAUGGUGUAAGAGUGAGUGUGGGGUGUGGCAGGCGCCGGAAAUCCUCGAAGCUUUCAGAAGCAUCCAGAAUGCCUACCAUCAGCUCCUGAAUCAGGGAUUUUCAGCACUACCUCUGAGCCGUGGGGUUGGCUGCCUAGCCAGGCUUCCAGGCCCUGAGGACAUGUGGUCAGGUUCAGCAGGCUCCUGGGUAAAGAGGGUGGGAGGGGGCUUCUCCUUUUGGAAGCAGAUAGCCAUGCAGGUAGAAUUGUCAUCUCCCAAGUGGCCACAUACAGCAACCCGCUCUAGGCCAUGGGGACCACCACUCAGGGUUCGGGGCUGGCAGGAGGGCAGUUUCUCCAGUCUCCCCAGUCUGUUGGUGUCUUUAUAGGAAACUAUAAAGCAGAGCAGUGGUGUCUUUAGAGGAACCUCAUUCAAGUCAGGGCACUGAUUUUCCUCUCAGUUUAUUAUUUGGGGGGAUAGGGUCAGGUGGGUAUAGUAGUACUUUACCAGGGUGCUUUUAAGUUACUUAAAAAAAAAAAAACCUACAAAAUAUUUUUUUUCUUUUAUUUGCUCGAGUUCACAUUAAUGAUGGUCACAAGGCUGCCUUGUUGGGCAGGUGUGUUGCCCCCAGUUCCUCUUCUGCUGGCCUGUGUGACCUCCACAACCAGGCCCUGGGCCUGAGCCCCUUGUCCCUUCUCCACUGCCCCUCUUUCCAGACAGUAAAGGCCACGGUCAGUGUGUUUUUCUCUUGUAAACAAACCCCAGCUUGUUUAACAGAAAUGCUAAUAACCUACUGGGAAAGAUGGAGGUCUAAAUUACCUCCAGGGUUUUUCUGGGGGUUUAUCACCAGUGUGGGUCCCUUCUGAUACCACCAGGUUCACUGCAGGCAGAGUGGGGCAGAAGGCUGCUGAGGAUGUGGGUCAGUCACAGCAGCCCUCACCUCAAAGGGCUGGCCUGCUUCUCAGCCUACAUUCAUUUGCAAGCUUCAAUCGCUGGACCAUCUGUUGUUCACAGAUGUUAGAGGGUUAGGGGCUAGCUUCAGAUUUGAUUUAUAGGUAGGAGGGCUUAGAUUUUAAGGCACUUCUGAACGUCAAUCCCUGGACAAGGCAGUCAUCACGUAAGAACAGCUACCUUCUCCACUUGGUGGCACAAGAGGUAGGGAGGGGAGUAUGGGUUCAUCUGGCUUCGCAUUAUGCAAGGUGAAACCGUUUGUUUUCCCUCUCCAUUUUCCCUAACUGAAUGAAAAGGACACAUUCUGAAAUCCCUUUUGUUGGAGAAUUAGUCAGUCUGAGGGGAAAUGGGAGGCCAGAGAUGAGAACCCUUUGAAAAGACUGUAAAAUACUGAUUUUCAUUCUUUCAAGCUUAUUUGUAAAUACCUAUUUGAAUGCUGUGUAUUUGUACAGGAAUUUGAGCAAAAAAUGUAUAGAGUGUGAUGUCCAAUUGGUAUUCAGCCCUAUAAAUGUGUUUUUAACCUCCCGCAUUCUGUGCUUAUUUAAAACAAGGAAACUUCUAACCAUUUCUUUUGUGUAUUCAUGUUUAAAGAAAAAAAGUGAUUUAAAAGUGAUCUUACCUGUACCAGAAAAGCAAAGUUAAACGAAACAAAAUUUGUACCAUUGUCCCAAGAGGUAUUUUACUGUAUAUAUUGUGGUAGCAUGUUCAAAAUCCAACAAGUAAUGUGAAUUUUAGAUGUAAAUAUCUGCCACUUGAUUUUUCCCCCCUUUCCCCACUUCCUUGACUGCUGUGAUGUGAAUUAAAGAUAAAUACGUGAUACUGA